AUGGAACAGAUCCAGCAUAGACAUGUGCAAGUGAGAGGUCCAAAAGUGGUGCUUUUCUUACAUGGGUUUCCUGAAAUAUGGUACUCAUGGAGGCAUCAAAUGGUUGCUGUGGCAAACAAAGGCCACCGUGCCAUAGCCAUUGAUUUCAGGGGCUAUGGACUUUCUGAGCAGCCAGCUGAACCAGAAAAGGCAACCUUCAAAGACCUUGUUGACGAUGUUGUUGCCCUUUUGGAUUCUUUGAGCAUUGACAAGGCUGUCCUUGUUGGGAAGGAUUUUGGAGCUUUCCCUGCAUACGUAAUACCUUCUCUCCACCCACAGCGGGUAUCGGGCAUGAUAACAGUAGGUGUUCCUUUCAUGCAACCAGAUGCCUCUCCUGUCCAAUUUCAUCUCCUCCCAAAAGGAUUCUACAUGCCAAGGUUGAAGGAGCCAGGGCGGGCAGAAGCAGAUUUUGGCCGCUUUGAUGUGAAGACGGUGAUACGGAACAUCUACAUUCUCUUCUCCGGAAGUGAGCUCCAAGUGGCCGCUGAUGAUCAAGAAAUCAUGGACUUAGUUGACCCUGCAACUCCUCUACCACCAUGGUUCUCUGAGGAAGAUCUUGUCGCCUAUGCAUCUUUAUAUGAGAAAUCCGGACUCCAUUUUCCAUUGCAAAUUCCAUACAGAUCCAGACGUUCAUCCGAGGAUUACCACUUAACUGAUCCAAAAAUCUCAGCUCCAUCGCUGCUUAUCAUGGGUGAGAAGGACUACUUCUUAAAGUUUCCGGGGGUCGAGGACUACUUGCGCACUGGGGCAGUGAAGCAUUUUGUGCCUGAUUUGGACAUUAAUUUCAUUGCAGAAGGGACUCACUUUGUGCAGGAACAAUUUCCAGAGCAAGUUAAUCAGCUAAUCACCAGCUUCCUGGACAAACAUGGUAUCUAA